UGCAGACUGCUGGCAGAAUGCAUUCAGACAGGGAUUCAGAGACAACCUUUGAUGAGGACUCUCAGCCAAAUGAUGAGGUAAUGCCCUACAGUGAUGAUGAAACAGAAGAUGAAUUGGAGAGUCCGCUGCCUGCAGUUGAACCAGAGCAAAACCGAAUCAACAGAGAGGCUGAGGAGAGCAGAGAACCGGUUAAGAAAGAUUGCAGCUGGCAAGUUAAGGCAAAUGAUCGAAACUUCCACGAACAACCCCAGUUUAAGAAAACAACAUUUCUAUGCUUCAAGAAAAGCAAAUAUGCUGGGAAUGCAAUUAAGACCUACAAAUAUAAUGCAAUUACCUUUUUACCAUUGAAUUUGCUAGAACAGUUUAAAAGAGUGGCCAACUUCUAUUUCCUGGUUCUUCUUAUUUUACAGACAAUUCCUCAGAUAACUACUUUAUCGUGGUAUACAACGCUAGUGCCUUUGCUCUUGGUGCUUGGGAUAACUGCAAUCAAAGACCUAGUGGAUGACAUCGCUCGCCAUAGAAUGGAUAAUGAGAUUAAUAACCGGACAUGUGAUGUUAUCAGGGAUGGAAGGUUCAAAACUGCUAAAUGGAAAGAUAUUCAAGUUGGAGAUGUCAUUCGUCUGGAGAAAAAUGCCUUUGUUCCUGCUGAUAUUCUGCUGCUGUCCAGCUCGGAACCUAACAGCCUUUGUUACGUAGAGACAGCUGAACUAGAUGGUGAAACUAACUUAAAGUUCAAAAUGUCACUUGAGGUAACAGACAGAUAUCUCCAAGAAGAAAAUGCAAUGGCAGAAUUUGAUGGUUUUAUUGAAUGCGAAGAACCCAAUAAUCGCCUAGACAAGUUUACAGGAACAUUAUUCUGGAGAAGCAGGACUUAUCCACUGGAUGCUGAUAAAAUUUUGUUGCGUGGCUGUAAAAUCAGGAAUACAGACUUCUGCCAUGGAGUGGUCAUAUUUGCAGGAGGAGACACAAAAAUAAUGAAAAAUAGUGGAAAGACCAGAUUUAAAAGGACUAAAAUUGACUCUCUCAUGAACUACAUGGUUUACACGAUCUUUGUUGUAUUGAUCCUCCUGUCAGCUGGCCUUGCUAUUGGACACACUUAUUGGGAGCAACAGAUUGGCAAUACUUCUUGGUACCUCUAUGAUGGUGAAGACUACAGCCCUCCGUACCGUGGCUUCCUUAAUUUUUGGGGCUACAUCAUUGUUCUUAACACUAUGGUUCCCAUUUCUCUCUAUGUGAGUGUUGAAGUGAUUCGUUUAGGCCAAAGCUAUUUUAUAAACUGGGAUCUGCAAAUGUAUUACCCUGAGAAGGAUACACCUGCUAAGGCCCGAACCACCACUCUGAAUGAACAGCUUGGACAAAUCCACUACAUCUUCUCAGAUAAGACAGGAACGCUUACACAGAACAUCAUGGCAUUCAAAAAAUGCUGCAUAAAUGGACAAACAUACGGAGAAUCCAGGGAUGAGUCUGGACGACAUCAAAACCAUGAAGAGCAAGUUGAUUUUAGCUGGAACAUGUAUGCAGAUGGGAAACUCGCUUUUUGUGAUCAUUAUCUGAUAGAACAAAUUAGAUGUGGAAAGGAGACUGAAGUUCGACAAUUCUUUUUUCUGCUUGCAAUUUGCCACACGGUAAUGGUGGAUGCUUCUGAUGGUCAGCUCAACUAUCAAGCGGCCUCCCCAGAUGAAGGAGCCCUGGUAACAGCCGCCAGAAACUUUGGAUUUGCUUUUCUUUCACGAACUCAGAAUACCAUUACUAUAAGUGAGAUGGGGAUUGAAAGAACUUAUGAUGUUCUUGCUAUCUUGGACUUCAACAGUGAUAGAAAACGAAUGUCUGUUAUUGUAAGAGAACCAGAUGGAAACAUUAAACUUUACUGUAAAGGAGCUGAUACAGUAAUUUAUGAACGUUUGCAUCCAAUGAAUCCUCAGAGACAGAUUACACAGGAAGCACUAGAUAUUUUUGCAAAUGAGACCUUGAGGACAUUAUGCCUCUGCUACAAGGACAUUAGUCAUGGUGAAUAUGAAGCAUGGAAUAAAAAGUUCAUGGAAGCUAGUGUAGCUGCAAGUAACCGUGAUGAAGCCCUGGAUAACGUAUAUGAAGAAAUAGAAAAAAACCUUAUUCUCUUGGGUGCUACAGCUAUUGAAGACAAACUACAGGAUGGUGUUCCAGAAACAAUUUCCAAACUUGCAAAGGCGGACAUUAAAAUCUGGGUGCUUACUGGUGACAAAAAAGAAACUGCUGAAAACAUUGGAUUUUCUUGUGAACUUUUAACAGAUGAAACUACAAUCUGCUAUGGAGAGGAUAUCAGUGCUCUUCUUCAAACAAGGUUGGAAAAUCAGAAUAACAAAGCUGAAUCAAAUAUAAACUCCUCUCAAAGAACGAAUGAGCCAUUCUUUCAAUCUGGUAGAAAUCGUGCUUUAAUAAUCACUGGUUCCUGGCUGAAUGAAAUCCUUUUAGAGAAGAAAAAGAAGAAGAAGAAACUUCUAAAACUGAAAUUUCCCAAAACAGCAGAAGAGAAAGAAAAGCAAAUUCAGAGUAAAAGGAGAGCUGAUGCUAACAAAGAACAGCAACAAAGAAACUUUGUAGACUUAGCAUGCGAGUGCAGUGCAGUGAUCUGCUGCCGCGUAACUCCCAAGCAGAAGGCCAUGGUGGUGGAGCUGGUGAAGAAAUAUAAGAAAGCUAUAACUUUGGCUAUAGGGGAUGGUGCCAACGAUGUAAACAUGAUUAAAACUGCUCAUAUUGGUGUUGGAAUUAGUGGACAAGAAGGCAUGCAAGCAGUCAUGUCAAGUGACUAUUCUUUUGGACAAUUCAGAUACCUGCAAAGAUUACUAUUAGUUCAUGGCCGAUGGUCCUAUAUAAGGAUGUGCAAGUUCCUACGAUAUUUCUUCUACAAAAACUUUGCAUUUACGCUAGUACACUUCUGGUACUCAUUCUUCAAUGGCUAUUCUGCCCAGACCGCUUAUGAAGAUUGGUUUAUCACGCUUUACAACGUGUUAUAUUCCAGUCUUCCAGUUCUUCUGGUUGGCUUGCUUGACCAGGAUGUGAGUGACAAACUUAGUCUUCGGUUCCCUGGUUUGUAUAUAUCUGGACAGCAAGACUUGCUUUUUAACUACAAGAAAUUCUUUGUAAGCUUAAUACAUGGAAUUAUAACAUCACUGAUUAUUUUCUUCAUACCGUACGGAGCUUAUCUUCAAACCAUGGGGCAAGAUGGAGAGGCACCUUCAGACUACCAAUCAUUUGCUGUCACUGCAGCCUCUUCUCUCAUAGUUGCAGUCAAUUUUCAGAUGGGUUUGGAUACCUCUUACUGGACUUUCGUUAAUGCUUUCUCAAUAUUUGGGAGUAUUGCACUUUACUUUGGUAUCAUGUUCGACCUUCACAGUGCUGGAAUACAUGUUCUCUUCCCAUCUAGCUUUCAGUUUACAGGGACUGCUCCAAAUGCUCUAAGACAGCCAUAUCUCUGGUUGACAAUACUUUUGUCAGUUGCAAUUUGUUUGCUUCCUGUUGUUGCACUAAGAUUUUUGUCAAUGACAAUUUGGCCUUCAGAAAGUGAUAAAGUAAGUAGAAAAAUUUGGUUAUUUGAACUGUAUUUAGUUAUAUAA